CUGAACCUCUCUACACAGUGAAGCCGAUGCUCCUGACUGACGGAGAGUCCUCACACUUUCACACUGCACCUCAAAGCUUAAAGGGGGGGAAACACUCACUCGUCGCUGCUGAAAAUGACCCAGAGCCUUCGGACACUCACCGUGGAUUAACAACGGAAACUUUUAACGAUGGCUGUGACCGUUAAAAAGUAGAAACGAGACGCCAACCGCCGCCAACCGCCGACCAACGGUCCUCCUAACUGCUCCUAGUAGAUGCAACGAGCCGCUGCUGAAAAAAUAUGCUCCAGCCGAGCCGCCUCAACCUCGGCUUCACUAGCACACUACCACGGUUAUAGACCAGUUUAGUGAGACAUUCUGCUCCUGUUGUGUUUAUUUAUUUCUCCCGCUCCUUUACCUGUUAAAGUCUUACUGUACUAGUCCCACCUGAGAGAAAGACAGAGAGAGCAUUAUGGCUGGGAAGCUGACAGCAGCGCAGGGAACAGGAAUACUGCUGGUGACAGCCAACGUUGGCUCUCUGUUCGAAGAUCCUGAAAAUCUACAGAAAACAUGGCUGAGGGAGUUUUACCAGACGGUACAGUCACACAAGCCUCACUUCUUGGCCGUGCACUGUCAGGAGGUGGGUGGGAAGAACUAUGAGGCGUCCAUGUCCCACGUGGAUUGUUUUGUCAAGGAGCUGUUGUCCAGUGAGGCCAUGAGGGAGUACAGCAGAGCCCGCGUCUACCUCGAUGAGAACUACAAAUCCCAGGAGCAUUUCACUGCUCUCGGAAGUUUCUACUUUAUCCACGAGUCUUUGAAAAACAUCCACCAGUUUGAUUUCAAAGCUAAGAAAUUCAGGAAGGUUGUCGGGAAGGAAACCUACUCAGAGACACUAGAAAGCACACCCUCGCUGGAGAAGGAGAAGUUUCCACAGGACUACUUUCCUGAGUGCAAGUGGUCCAGAAAGGGAUUCAUCAGGACUCGAUGGGCCCUGCCUGACUGCUCCUUUGAUCUGGUCAACAUCCACCUUUUCCAUGAUGCUUCCAACCUGGUGGCCUGGGAGAAAAGCCCCUCUGUCUACUCUGGGACCAGGCAGAAGGCGCUGGGCUACGUUUUAGACAGGAUCACGGACCAGCGGCAUGAGAAGUUGCCAUAUUUCGUCUUUGGGGACUUUAACUUCAGGUUGGACUCGAAGCAGGUCAUUGAGAGUCUCUGCUCCACUGCCACCCUGCAGACAGUCCGAGCCGCCGACACCAACGAAGUCGACAAGCUAAUAUUCAGAGAAAGUGACAAUGACCGGAAGGUUGUUCUUCAACUUGAAAAGAAGCUUUUUAAUUAUGUCAACCAGGACGUUUUCCGGGAAAACAAUGGGACCUCACUUUUAGAGUAUGACAAAGAGCUUACUGUGUACAAGGAUCGGCUGCACGAACUGGAGAUCUCUUUCCCACCCAGUUAUCCGUACAGUGAAGACAGCAGUCAGGGGAAGCAGUACAUGAACACCAGAUGUCCCGCCUGGUGUGACCGAAUCCUCUUGUCUUCCUCUGCCAGAGACCUGGUCUUAAAGCCUGAAAAUGAAGAGAAGUCAAUAGUCUAUGAUAACAUCGGGCCAAAUGUCUGCAUGGGGGACCACAAGCCCGUCUUCCUGUCCUUCCGAAUAACAGCGGGGGCAGGUAAACCUAAUGCAAAUAAGCACAAGUGUUGUGUGGUGCAGUGAUGUCGUGGGAAGUGUUGCCAAAGGGGGGAGAAGAUAUUCCGUGAAGCGCCUCUGUGAGAAAACACCAGAGAAAGAAAGAAACACACACACCCACAUGCAUGCACACAAACACACACACACACACACACUUUGCACAAGCGUACACUGAAGACGAAGUUUUUCAGCAGUGCUGACCAGCUGCAGUUGUCCUGACACCUCAUCCAUACGAAAACGCAGCCGUUUUCUCUCCAUAAAACACUUGUUGAGAUGUGGACGAGCACCCGAGGGCCCGGCUCCAGACAAGACACACAUCGCUGACCUCACUGUUGCCAUGCAACCCCCAUUCCCCAGAGAAGAAGAAAAAGAAAAAGGACGCACAGACAGACGGACGGACGGACGGACGGACGACUCUUUUCCCUGCCACAGCCUCGUUGCCAAAACUCUAAUUGAAAUCAGUCCUACUACAUCCUUUUAGACACCGUACUUGCCAUUUUUAGGUAUGCUCUCUAUGUAUAGAAGCUACUUUCCACACAGUAUGUAAGGUGUUUUAAGAAAAGAAAAGUGCAAUGCAAAAAAAGUUGUAUAUCUAUAUUGUUAGGUUUAUUUGUACAUUGGACAGUUAUAACAUAGAGUUGUUGAUGGUUUUAGUGCUUUUUUCUGACCAAACUUUGUGGUCCCUUUGUUGGAAUAGAUAGAAAGUUUCUGUUUAUUUCAACAAUUUAUACAUACAGUAUAUAUAUAUAUAUAUAUGUAUACAUUUUUGUUUUUGAGUUGUUGUGUGCACAACACACUGCCAUGCCUGACACAUCAGUUCAUUUUAUAUACUGUACUUUUUAAAGAGAUAAUUUAUAAUUCUUACCAAAAUGUUUAUGCUGAAGUUGUGCAGACAGGCAGACAGACAGACGGAGUGACUGCUGGCUGUUCCUGCAGCCACAGUGACCUUUGAAUAGUCAGCAGCAAGAGGAGAGAGAGGAGCUGUUCAGUGAUUUAUUGCCUAUCCAAGAAUGUUUUAAGCAGUGCCAUAGACCAUGCAAGUAUAUAAGAUAAUGUUUCAUAUAUAUAGCACUCUCUCACGUUAUUUCAUUAUUAUUCUUACUCUAACUUAUUUCUAUAAUAUUAUGGUUCUGAAUGUGAUAUUUUAGAUAGGCUUGGGUAUCCUUAAAAAUGUUUUUGUUUUUUUUGUCAAUUUUUUGUUACUGCAUUAUGGUGCCAAGUAAUCCUACACAUAAAUGAAGUGUGUAAGAGUUAUAAAUAAGUCAGAUGGUAAAAGGUAUUGAUUGUGUAAUGUUUUAAAAAAAAAAAAAAACUAGAGAGAAACUCUAAAUGCUGGGGGGAAAAGCAGGAAGAUUUUUAUUUGUAUUUGUUUUAUUGUGUGUGUGUGUGUGUAGCCUUCAGCCUUCAUUGCGAAUAAUUUGAGCAUUAAAGAGGCUAUUUCUUUUUUUUUAUCGAUUUCAUUUACUACACUACAGAUUCAGACUGUGUGAAGCCGUCAGACUGAUUAGAGAGUGAUUUUUUUUUUCAUCUAAAUCACAGCAAGUGGAAAUGAUUUUGUGCCUGCUGCAGAAUUUAUGUUGUCUUGUGUGAUUUUGGUUUGUAGGAUUUUGUUUUUUGUAAAAAAAAAAAAAGCCCGCUUGUUUUUGUUCCUGCUGGUCAUUGUGAGCAUCCUGUAGGAGCAUAAGCCGCAGUUUUCUCUUCACUCCAUCUUAUAAAAAAGCAGAUAGAGAUUUUAUUCUAUAGCCUCCUUCCUCCUGACGGCCUGGCCUCUCUACUGUAGGUGAUGCAGUUCUCAAGCAAUAAAAAACCAUUAGAGCUCA